GUUUUAGUAGUCUGGCGACGAAAACGAGGCAAAGAUUUUCCCGUCCGCGAUCGAAUUUCGGUCAUUCGCCUCCCACACUUCAGCCGAAUAACAGAAUUUCCCAUUCUUAAGAAUGCGUCCUUUCUUCCUCGCUCUUCAGGAAAGUUCGGCCGGGUAAUUGGGACGACAGAAGGCGGUUUCUCGUGCUCGAUCCGUGACGCUAAUCGCGUGACGCAAUGGCUCGAGACAAUAUAAAACGGCGAAAAAGCCACAAACUCGUUCAGAAGUUGCGCCGUUGCACCUCUUUAAGAUGCGUAGGUUGGCGGUGAUCGUCGUGCUGAUCGCGGUGCUGUGGACGAGGGUGCGAUGCCACGAAAUUGCCACCUUCGACAUAGGUAAACACUACGCCGCCGUGGCCAGAAUGAUCAACGAGGCCAGCAAGGGCGAGAUGUACGGCGGUUCCGAACUGCACCCCAGGACGGUCUCCGGUCAGGGAAGUAUCGACUACGACGAACCCGGCAAGGGCGGAUGGUGGCAAGGGUGGGCCAAAGGUUGGUUAGCGGGACAGAAGUACGCCGCCGGAAGGGGUUUCCUUCCUCCCCGACACGGCUGAUGUCGGAUCUUUUAUACGUCGUCUGUACAUGUUGUAAAUAUCCAGCUUAUACCUAAGAAUAAAUAUAUUUUUAAACACGCUCCCG